AUGAUAACAACAGAUGCUCGAAAUUUUCAUGAUACAAUUGAAGUCAUAUCAGUUAAUGGAAUUCAAAAAUCGAAACAAAGAAUUGAUCAUAUGAUCAUUAAAGCAUUUUUAGCUGGUGUUCUUCUAUCAUUUGGUGGUCUGCUUCUCCUGACUGUAGGCGGUGGCAGUAUUCCAUUAGCUCAGAAUCUUGGCCCUAGUAUUCACAAACUGAUACAAGGUAUUGUAUUUCCUAUUGGUCUCGUUUUGAUUGUUGUUACUGGUGCUGAUUUAUUUACUGGUAAUACUAUGAUAUUAAUUAUAUCAACAUUACAAAGAAAAACAACAUGGUUGGAUCUUAUCAUUUCAUGGAUAGUUUCAUUUUUUGGAAAUCUUGCCGGUUGUAUAUUCUUUCAGUUUAUACUUGUUUACUAUGCAGGUCUUCUUUCUAAUGAUCCUUAUCGUUCAUUUACUAUACAACUUGCCGAGACAAAAGGUAAUAUUACAUGGCAUGAAAUAUUUUUAAGAGGUAUUGGUGGUAAUUGGCUUGUAUGUCUUGCAAUAUGGUUAGCUACAAGUGCACGUGACUUAUAUUCAAAAAUAAUCGGUAUUUAUCUGCCUAUCUGUGUUUUUAUUGCUGUUGGAUAUGAACACUCUAUUGCUAAUAUGUUUACAGUUCAAAUGGGUAUGAUAUUGGGUGCUAAUUUGUCCGUUGGAAAAUAUAUUUUACAUGUAUUGAUACCAGUUACACUUGGAAAUAUUAUAGGUGGAGGAGGUUUUGUUGGUUUUGUAUAUUGGUACCUUGAUUGGGCGAAAAGGUCCAAUAUUAAUGCUAGGGUUAAUAAUAGAUCUACGGCAAGUGCUAUUUAUCAAAUCGUAAAACAGCAUAAUGACUUAGAUCUAUCUCAACAACUGUAA